CUCAGUGUGUGUGUUGGAGGGGAGAGAAACACAGACAACCUCUGACACACAACUCAGAGGCUGCAAACUAUUUGCUCGAGCUCAGUGGAGCGCGCGAGGACGAGAGCAGAACUAAUGGACAUACUUUCCUCCAAAGCCAUGAAGAAGCCAGGGACGUUGCGCUGCAGCGUAAAGCUGUUUGUCCUGUGCCACGGCCUCCUGCAGCUCUCCCAGCUGCUGUACAGCGCCUGCUUCAAGAGCACAAUCAGCACAAUCGAGAGACGCUACGGCCUCAGCAGCUACUCCUCGGGAACCAUUUCCUCACUCCACGAGGUCAGCAACAGUGUGCUGAUUGUGUUCGUGAGCUACUUUGGGAACCGCGUCCACCGUCCUCGCCUCAUUGGCAUCGGCGGACUGCUGAUGGCCGUCAGCGCCCUGAUCCUGACCUUACCUCACUUCUUAUCGCAGCCCUACGACUACGACUCCGUUUUACACAAUCACCACGACAUCUGCAACGUGCAGAGGAACUCGAGCGGCCUGGAGUCCUGCGGCCGCGACGAGACCCGGCGCCUGGCCGACACCAGCAACCUGUGGGUGUUCAUGGCCAGCGCUCAGCUGCUCUUCGGCGUGGGCUCUGUGCCCAUCCAGCCGUUUGGGAUUUCCUACAUAGAUGAUUUCGCUGGGCCUGCCAACUCCCCUCUUUACAUAGCCAUCCUGUUCGCGGUAUCUAUAUUCGGGCCUGCCAUCGGCUACGUGCUGGGCUCGGUCAUGCUGCGGAUCUACGUGGACGUGGACAAAAUAGGUUUUGGAACUGAACUCGAGCUGACCCCGAGCGAUCCCCGCUGGGUGGGGGCCUGGUGGAUGGGCCUGCUCAUCACCUCCGCCUGCCUGCUUCUCACCUCCAUCCCCUACUUCUUCUUCCCUCGCAGAUUGCCUUCAGGAGACAAUGUGAUUCGGAGUGAAACGGACACGAGUGAUGACUUCAAGAAGCCAGAUGUCUCCUUACUGGAUUUCCUGAAAAUGUUUCCCAGAAUGUUUGUCCACCUCCUGUUGAGCCCUCUCUUCCUGAUGCUGGUCCUGGCCCAGUGCUGCUUCUCCUCUGUAAUUGCGGGCCUCGCUACGUUCCUCAACAAGUUUCUGGAGCGGCAGUACAGCACGUCGGCCGCCUACAGCAGCCUGCUGGUUGGUGCUGUGAAUCUGCCAGCUGUCGCGGUGGGGAUGCUGAUGGGCGGGGUCAUCAUGAAGAAGGCCGGCCUGUCCCUGAAGACCAUCCCGCGCUUCUCCGUCGCCAUGCUGACCGUGUCCACCCUCCUCUUCAUCCCUCUCUUCUUCAUGGGCUGUCCCACACAGAAAGUCUCCGAGGUCAAUCAUUACCAGAUCGGACAGUAUGGGUCUCUUUCUCUGUGCUACUCCAACUGCUCCUGCCCCGCCAGUGCCUUCAACCCAGUGUGUGGCUCUGAUGGAAUCGAGUAUAUUUCUCCUUGCCAUGCGGGCUGCACCAACUUCACCAAAGUCCCUAACAACACCUACAGGGUUCAGCUGUACACCAACUGCAGGUGUAUAUCCGGGAGCCAGAGUGAUGCCCGCCCAGCUCCCUGUCCCAACACCUGUCCACACCUUCUCCUCCCCGUCAUUCUGGUCAUCUCCCUGGCCUCACUGAUCGCCUGCCUCACUCACAACCCCAUGUACAUGAUGGUGCUCAGAUGUGUUCCCUCUGAAGAAAAGUCAUUUGCAAUAGGAAUUCAAUUUUUACUCAUGAGAAUAUUAGCCUGGCUGCCCGCCCCCGCUCUCUUCGGGACGGCCAUCGACACGUCGUGCAUCUGGUGGAGACGCGUGUGCGGAAAGAAAUUCAACUGUGGUUACUACGACAACAACAUCUUGAGGAACCGGUUCCUGGGCUUACAGGUGGGUUACAAGGUCAUGGGUAUCGCCCUACUGAUGAUGCUGGGGUGGAAGGCCAAGCGGACCCAGGAGUACAGUCUGGAGAAGAGGCCCGAGGGACCCCUCUGAACUGAGCUCCGAGCCUCUGCGUCUCCUGAAGUUCGGUUGUGGUGGGUAAACAUGCCCGACAACAGUGUUGCAGAGCGAAGCUGCGUCAGCGGGAGGAAGCCUCGGCCCAGGCACGCCUGCACCCACCUCAAUUUCUGGAGGCCCGCUUCCUCACCUGGUGCUUUACUGGCUGGAGUUGAGAUGCAACGUUUUUGGACGCUUUAAAGCUUCUGAUUGGAUUUACUCUGACACACCCACUUAUUCCAAGUUAGAAGAGGAUGGCUAAAACAGCCCUCUUGUGUGGUACCUCACAAUAUAUAUUUGUUUACAUACAUCAAGGACCGUGAUGAGGGUUCAAACAACACGAACAUCUCUUUGUCUAUUACUUGUUCCUAUAAGGUAGGAAUCUGUUCAGGUUUCUAUUUCCAAUGGAACAUAUUCUGUAACUAAUUAAAUGUAUUAGCUUAAUAUUUAAGUUUAUCUUUUUAUAGAUGUUUGUCUCGAACACAGAGACAUCGGUAAUAACUACAAUAUUAAUUUCAUAUACGAUGAUGACAUAACAGUUGAUUUGAAUUGCAAUGCUAAUUAAUUUUCGGAUAUCAAGAACAUACACUGUUGCUUGUAAAUGUAAUUACCUGAACACAUUAUGCUAGCUGCUAGUGUGGUUAUGUAUUAGUUACAGUGGAGUGCAUACAUGUGUAAGCAUUACUGGCUAAUAAACAGUACAAAUAGCCAA